AUGGCUAAUUCUGUGUCCACCGAUAAAGCCCCCGGGCUAUCUCCUAUCUGGAAGCCUACUUUGCCGCCAAACAAGAUUCCCAUGAACAUCUAUCGUGAACAUGUCAAUCGAAAGUUCAACCAAAGUUUGCAGACAUCUCAGGAGCUACACGAGUGGUCUGUAAAAAAUCUGCAUGAUUUUUGGAUUGAUCUCCACCAAUACACGGGCAUUAUCCCACAGUUGCCUGCAGGUCUCACGACUGCAUUUGAUCCCAACACGCCAAUGGAGGACGUGCCCGAGUUCUUUCUUGGAGCGACAGUUAACUACGCCGAGAAUGUUGUUACUGGCCGGGACUUGAACAAGACCGCUCUUAUCGGCGUCCGUGAAGGCCAAGAUUUGAGCGGAGAGGCUUGGUCGUGGGGAUUGCUUCGAGAGAACAUCAGGAAAGCACGGAGUGCAUUACUGCGAUUGGGUAUUCAAGAAGGCGAUCGAGUUGCUGCUAUCAUUUCCACCAGCGUGUGGUCAGUUGGCCUCUUCUUAGCUACCGCCAGUAUUGGUGCGAUUUGGACCAGUAUAGCGCCUGAUCUGGGUGAAGAAGGAUGUGUGUCUCGACUACAACAAGUUACACCAAAGGUGCUCUUUGCCGACAGCGAUUCGACGUACAAGGGUAAACUACACUCAAACGUGUCAAAGAUUCGAAAUAUUGUUCAGACUAUGAAGGUCCAACCCAAGGUAUUCUUGAUUCCUCUUGGGACCCAAGAUCCAGGCUUUCCAACUCUUGAUCGGUUCUUAUCAUUGUCGCAACCCGGUGAUAAAUUGGAGUUCAAGAGAUUGCCGUUCUCUCACCCACUCUAUAUCUUAUACACAAGCGGCACAACUGGACAGCCAAAAUGUUUGGUACACAGCCAUAGUGUGAUCUUGCAGCACAAGAAGACAUCUGUUCUGCACAACUCUCUGACAACCGAUGACAUCGUCUUCCAAUACAGUAGCACCUCAUGGGUGCUCUGGAAUAUCAUGAUCGGUCAUCUGUCCGUGGGUCCAACCUUGAUUCUAUAUGACGGAUCGCCCUUGUGGCCGAACGCAAAAGCAAUGGCGAAGAUAGCCGAGUAUCACCGCGUGACAUAUUGGGGUUGCUCGCCUCGAUACUUGCAGGAACUCGAGAUGACCCGAUGUAUCCCAAAGGUCGAAUUUGACCUUUCUUCAUUGAGAAUGGUACAGACGGGGGGUUCCCAUCUGGGUGCCGACCAAUACCACUGGUUUUAUCGGGCAUUCCCACCAAGUGUCCACCUAACUAGUGUGACUGGUGGGACGGAUCUGGUAACCUCGUGGAUUGGAACUGAUCCCGCUGGCCCUCUGUACCCGGGAGAGAUCCAGCUUCCCAUGUUAGGCCAAGACGUGGAUGUGGCAGACCCCGUUACGGGGCAGUCGGUGAAGAUGACAGGAAACCAUGGCGAGUUCGUCUGCCGUCAGCCUUUCCCGUCGAUGCCGGUAUUCUUCUGGGGUGACAAAGAUGGGUCAAAGUACAAAAGCACCUAUUUCGACAAGUUUGAGAAUUGUUGGGCUCAGCAUGAUUGGGCAAGCUACAAUCCUCGAACGAAGGGCUGGCAAAUCCAUGGACGAAGCGACGGUGUGCUCAACCCGCAGGGUAUUCGCUUUGGCUCUUCCGAUAUAUAUUCCAUCACUGAGUCGGCACCGUUCAACAAGGUCAUUUCUUCCACUGUUUGCAUCGGCCGACGCCGACCGCGUGAUUCGGAUGAAUCAGUUUUCUUGUUCGUUGUUAUGCAGCCCGGUCAAACAUUUACCAGUCAACUCGCCCUCGAGCUAAAAGCUGCAAUCAGAAAAGGACUCAGCAGUAAGCAUGUCCCGCGAUUUGUGCUUGGCGCAGACGAGAUCCCUAUGACCGUGAAUGGGAAAAAGGUUGAGACUCUGGUGAAAUCAGUUCUUUGCUCUGGAGAACUGCCUAAAGUUAUCAGCAGCACUGUCGCAAACCCAGGGUGCCUGGAACAUUUUAGGCAAUAUUACCACCUGGAGGUUGUCAAGGACAAUAGAGGCAAGCUAUAG